AUGGCAAAAGCCUUAAGCUUUAAGGCGGUGCGGGUGAUAAAUAUAUAUUGGCAAGUAGAAGACUCUGGAAUAGAUUGUGGAAUCUACCUAAUGAGGCAUAUGGAAAGUUACAAGGGGGAAAAUGAAGGGAGUUGGGAAUGUGGGCUUACAGGUAAAAUGACGGGUGAUGUGACUGCUAUACUUAUGUUAAGAACGAAAUACAUGGCAAGAUUGUUGAUAGCUGAUUUCAACAAGUAUAAGAGUAUGAUAGUUACAGAUUAUGAAGCGUUUCGUAAGCUGGAUAUUUUGCAACAAAAUAUGCUUCUUCAAGAGUCAGCUAAAAAUAGGAAGAAAAAGAGAAAAGCAAGGGGCCAUCAGUAA